UGUUAGCAUCAGCAAUGGCUAAUUGCAAGCCACAGAAGAAAGUUCUGUUGUUAUGUGGGGAUUACAUGGACGAUUAUGAGGUUAUGGUUCCAUUUCAUGCCUUGCAGGCUUAUGGAAUAGCAGUUGAUGCUGUUUGCCCUGGAAAGAAAGCUGGUGAUUAUUGCCGCACUACAGUUGAUGUCUCUGGUGCCUAUCAUGGAUAUCAGACUUAUACUGAGAAGCCUGGGCACAACUUUAGUCUCAAUGCAACUUUCGAUGAAGUUGAUUUCAGCAAAUAUGAUGCGCUUGUUAUACCAGGAGGAAGGGCUCCAGAAUAUCUUGCCAUGAAUGAAUCUGUGUUAAAUUGUGCGAGGCAAUUUUUCGAUUCAGGAAAGCUGAUUGCUGCAAUUUGCCAUGGGCCAUUGAUCUUGGCAGCUGCAGGCUUAUUAAAGGGUCGGAAGUGCACUGCAUACCGUGCUCUGGGACCUGUUCUCAUCGAUGCCGGUGCUCUUUGGAUUGAACCCAAAACCAUGAUGGAUUGUGUUUCUGAUGGCAAUCUCAUUACUGGAGUUAUAUAUAAGGCGCAUCCUGAGUACAUCCAGCUUGUUGUGAAGGCACUGGGAGCCAAGAUAGCUGGUUCAGAUAAAAGGAUUCUGUUUCUCUGUGGGGAUUUCAUGGAAGAUUAUGAGGUUACUGUUCCUCUUCAAUCCCUUCAAGCUCUUGGGUGCCACGUUGAUGCAGUUUGCCCCAAGAAGAAGGCUGGGGAUUUCUGCCCGACUGCAGUCCAUGACUUUGAAGGUGACCAGACAUACACUGAGAAGCCAGGCCAUAAUUUCAUUCUAACAGCUUCCUAUGAAGGCUUGGAUGCCUCGAGUUACGACGCUCUCGUCAUCCCUGGAGGCCGGUCUCCAGAAUAUUUGGCACUGGGUGAGACAGUGAUUGCCUGGGUGAAGAAAUUCAUGCAAUCAAAGAAGCCAGUUGCCUCUAUUUGUCACGGGCAGCAGAUCCUAGCUGCUGCGGGAGUUCUCAAGGGAAGAAAGUGCACCGCAUACCCUGCCGUGAAGCUGAACGUCGUCUUGGGAGGGGCAACAUGGCUAGCAGUGUUGAAACAGCUCCAUUCUCCCCAAAACAAUCAACCUUGUAAUUCAGAAGUUCACUAUCAUUUGCUAGCAGUGUUGAGUUGCAAUUGUAAAGCAAGAAGAGGCUUGCUCUGUUAGAAGGUAGACGGAACCUGUCAUCAGCUAGAGACAUGUUUUGUAUUUGAGGAAUACAGGAGGUGGUAUUCCCAAAAACAGCUGCAUUUGAGACACGAAGAGACUGGUUUUUGUAGUAGAUUUCGUGGAUGAUAUACUCAUUAUUGGACUGUUUAAGGACUGGCUUGCCUUUGUUAUUGCAGGAGAGACUGAAUCCAGGGUAGCCACAGGAGGGUUCUUGCUUGUUCCGGAUGUAAAAUGGGAAGUUUAUGUUUUGGCCAUCGCCACAGCUUUCGGGAUUACAAGCUAGGAACUGAGGGUCUGUACAUGAGGCUUUCUUUGCCAGGAGGGACAAAGUGACAACAAAGAGGUUUAUUAUUGGAGAUGUUAAAAGGAAGUUGUGGAUCAUUUAGGAAUCUUGAUUUUGUGGAGGAGAAAGAGGAAGAGACACGGUGGUGAAUAAAUUAUGGGGGAGGAGGGUGAAGAGGGGAUCAGUAUAAUGAAGGUUUUGAGAGGGUGAGUUUGAGUUGAUUAUUGGAGCUUCUCUGCCUCUGCAAAUUUUUGUAACAGGAGGCUUGGCCAAAUCUGACCUGAAAUCUUAACACUCUUGAAAUUUGAAUUUAAGGCAAUAUAAGGCUAUAAGCAGUGCAAGUUGA